AUGUCAGAAAGCGGUCGUGGUGACGCAGCGACGCCUGUGGCCCCCACCGUCAUCCAGCAGGCCGAACACGACGGCAUAGAUACUCGAGGGGCAGCCGCUAUCGAACAUAUCAGCGAUGAAGAAGAAGUCCCCACGCUCUCGGAGAGCGAGUGGUCUACAGAGGACUCAGACGAGGACCCUCCGCAUAGCGACCACAGCUUACCAUCCCUGCAGUCUGUGUCCGACUCUUCCGAUUCCGACCUUCAUUCGGAUGACACAUUAUCAGACUCUAUGGAGGAAGACGAUGAGGAGGAGGAAGACGAUGCAGCUGAAGUGCCCCCCAUGCCGUCCUUGCGAGAAUUUGCGCGCCAGGGAUUGAGAACCCUCGAUAUUGUGGAGCUUCUACUCUCUGCACCGAACCAAUCUUUGGACAACGAUCCUUUGAGAGCUCGGACGCUGCUUGCUGGCCUUGAAGUAGUUCCAGACGAUCUUGUUCGCCGCUACGAAAACCUGAAACGUGGAUUCGGAGACGAUAGCGAUGGCUGCGUCAUAUGCCGCGAUGAUCUCCUACCACGAUUUCCUUCACCACUGUCGCGUGAAGCCGAGGCGCUUGCUGUGGUCGAAUUAUUUUCGAUGUUACCCUUCCAGCCAUCGCCUCAGACCAUUCGCGCAUUUCCAUGCCCUGGAAAGCACCUGUUUCAUCACGACUGUCUUGCACCGUGGCUUGCGCGCAAGACGACCUGCCCGACAUGUCGGUUUGAUAUCGACCCUCAUUCGCUGACUUUGCGUAAGUCCACUACACCGCGCCGUGCUUCCAGGUCAUCGCCAGAGAGGGUGUGGAAGCCCCCACGAGUGAGGAGUCUGGGGGAAUGGCUCGAGGACGAAGAGUACUUCCGCAAACACGGCGUCCGGAAAGAAAGACCGUCAGACGCUGUGACUGAGGGGGUUUCCGCUGCAUUCGCUGACGACGAGCUGGAAGCCGACGAGGACGAAUGGGUAGACACAGACGAGGAUCUCCCGGGGGAACGCGCUCUUCGCAGAUCACUCCAGAACGUUUUAGAUCCCCUGCCCGAAGAGCUGCGCGAUCAACAUUGGGAUACAGGUUUUCGAUCGGGUCAAAGUAAUCAUUGA